GGUCAGGUGUUAAGAAUUCAUUUCAAAUUUGUAUUUUAUCAAAUGAGGUAUUUUGGAAAUUCUCAAUUUUUGAAAUUCUCGAUUUUUUGAAACUCGUUUGAAUAAUAGUUACCUAAGCUAUACGUUGUUAUUAGUAGAAGAAGGUUAAAGGCCCCAAUACGAAGUUAUCGAGAGCAGUACGAAGUGAGGAGUUGGAAUCAGACGCAACGGCUACCCAUAGACGUCUUCCGCCCAUACCAAACUCAUUCAUCUACCCCGUCCCCGCUUGCCAUCCUCCCUGAUAUCCUUGAUCAGCAGGACUACGAAUCUACCGGUGUAUACAAAAAUAUAUAUCCGGGGAUCUUGUUGAAUACAAGCGCCUCAAGAAUCAGCCUUUCGGAAUAAGUUAUCAGCGAAAAAUGGCAUCCACACAAUUGCAACAGGCACCACCAGCUGGACCCAAACUAGCAAUGGCCCCGACACCCGGCUCAACUACACCAACAGUCGCCAUGCCAACUGUCGCUGUGGAGGCGCCACCGGCGGAGCCGAUCUAUGGGACAGUAAUACCGAAUCGUGUAUUCGUUGGUGGCAUCAGUCGCGAUACAACCGAAUCGGAUCUGAUGAUCGCGUUCAGUGCCUACGGCACGGUGCGCAGCACCAAGAUCAUCGUCGAUCAGGAUGGCUUCAACAAGGGCUAUGGCUUCGUCACAUUCGAAACUGAGGAGGAGGCCCAGCGCCUGCAGUCCGUGGGCAAGUGUGUCAUAUUGCGCAAUCGCCGUUUGAAUAUUGCGCCAGCAUUCAAAAAGCAACAGAUCCGUCCCAAGCUGCAGCCGAUCAUUGAGACGAACGGCACAGUUUACUUCACCACUCAGCCGCCGCCGCCGCCGCCCACGGUCAACACAAUUCCCCUCGAGCAGUAUGCAACGGCCACCUAUGGCCCGGCUGGGUCCGUUACCGAAUAUACGGCCGCCACAGUGCCAGCCAUCUAUCAGCAGGCACCGGCCGGCGUUCAAUAUCAGCCGGUCUAUCAAUACUAUAGUGUGCCGGUCAAUAUGCCAGCCGUUUGGCCCCAGAACUACUACCAGGACCCGCAGACAUCCAACUCACAGACAUCGAUACCACAGCAGACUUCCUGGGAGUUCGAUGGGGCCAACAACAGCAGCUGGCGCUCAUCCUAAUCAAAUGGAGCGCACAUAUUCAAUCU